UCCCUACGUCCGGAGCGUCGCGGCACCAUCAUGUUGGGCAUGAUAAGGAAUUCGCUGUUUGGGAGCGUAGAGACAUGGCCUUGGCAGAUCCUAAGCAAAGGGGCCAAGGAAGACAUCUCCUACGAGGAAAGAGCCUGUGAAGGUGGGAAAUUUGCCACAGUAGAGGUGGUGGAUAAGCCUGUAGAUGAGGCUCUGCGGGAAGCAAUGCCCAAAGUCAUGAAGUAUGUGGGAGGCACCAAUGACAAGGGAAUUGGGAUGGGAAUGACAGUCCCUAUUUCCUUUGCCGUGUUCCCCGGUGAUGGUGGCUCCCUACAGAAGAAACUAAAAGUCUGGUUCCGGAUUCCAAACCAAUUUCAGAGCAACCCUCCAGUUCCCAGUGAUGAAAGUGUUAAGAUCGAGGAGAGGGAAGGCAUCACUGUCUAUUCCAUGCAGUUUGGUGGUUACGCCAAGGAAGCCGACUACAUAGCUCACGCCACCCAGCUGCGCAAUGCCCUAGAGGGUACAGCCACCUACCGGAAUGAUUUCUACUUCUGCACUGGAUAUGACCCUCCCAUGAAGCCCUACGGGCGUCGCAAUGAGGUCUGGCUGGUCAAGACAUGA